CUGGGGGCAGUUAGGCCCCAGGCACUGCCUGGGGAGUGCAAUGCCUCAAGCUCUCUAGGGUAUGCCAAACGCAGGUACGACUGGCUGGGGCAGCAGCUUCAUCGAGUAGCGGGCGUUUGUGGCAGCAGUUACCCCAACAGGUGUGGACAGGUCCCACCCGACUCCACCCUGGAAAGUCCUUUUGAGGAAAUGGCCCUGGUGAGGGGCGGCUGGCUGUGGAGACAGAGCUCCAUCCUCCGCCGCUGGAAGCGGAAUUGGUUUGCUCUGUGGUUGGACGGCACGCUGGGUUACUACCAUGACGAGACCGCACAGGACGAGGAGGACCGCGUGCUUAUCCACUUCAAUGUCCGAGAUAUAAAGGUCGGCCAAGAGUGUCACGAUGUGCAGCCCCCAGAGGGCAGGAGCCGAGACGGCCUGCUGACAGUGAACCUCCGGGAGGGUUCCCGCCUGCACCUGUGUGCGGAGACCCGGGAUGAUGCCAUAGCAUGGAAGACAGCACUGUUGGAAGCGAAUUCCACCCCGGCCCCAGCUGGAGCCACCGUCCCACCCAGGAGCCGUCGGGUUUGCCCUAAGGUCAGGUGUACGACCCUCUCCUGGAAGCCCUGUAAGGUUGAGAGGCGGAUCUGGGUGCGCGUCUACAGCCCGUAUCAGGACUACUACGAGGUGGUGCCCCCCAACGCGCACGAGGCCACUUAUGUCCGCAGCUACUAUGGGCCACCUUAUGCAGGCCCUGGUGUGACACACGUGAUAGUGAGAGAGGAUCCCUGCUACAGCUCGGGCGCCCCUUUGGCCAUGGGCAUGCUUGCCGGGGCUGCCACGGGAGCUGCUCUUGGCUCCCUCAUGUGGUCGCCUUGCUGGUUCUGAGCCCUGGGGCUCCGACCUCUGGAAGUGCAUGCAGAACACAAGACCCCUUUAUGGGUCUUGGACUACCCUCUGCUACCUACCAUUUAAACCCUGUCUCUCAUUUUGACCUUUUCCCUUCCAUUAAGCUCUCCACUCUAGCCCAUUCCUCUCAGCACUUAGCCUCCUUCCCUCUCCGAGGAAGCUAACAUCUUAGGCAGACUUGGCUGAAACUCUCACCUAUUGCCAAGCACCCCCAUAAACCACACGCAGAGAUAUUUCUUCUAGAUACAGCAAACAUGACUUCAUUUGGCUCCAAGUGUCUGAGGGAUGGAGAUCACAAGAAAACAAACAACAAAGCUAGUUACUAGUCUGACAAGGACACGUGGGGGCAAGGAGCAAGGUAGUCUGGGUGCCGUUGGCAGCAAGAAUGAGCAGAGAACAUCCUUACUCGUCUAAAGAAUCAAAGAAUACAGUUGGCUUGGUGUUGAGGCAGGGUUUGGACUGUGGUGUCCUCCAGGCCAAGGAGCUUGCUGGAUAAAGGUGAUGAGCAUUUUAUGGAGGAAAGUUUCAUGAUUUGAACUAUAAUGAGUAUCUUGCCUGUUUUGUUAGUACUGGCACAUAUCCUUUCUCCAUACACGAAGUUUGGCACCUUCUUCCCACUACUAGUUUCCCCAUGAUAGUUGAGCUAACCCCCUGGGUUUCCUGGCUGUGGGACAGGUGAGCUCCUUGGGACCUCCAGCCUUAGGAAGUUGCUUCCAUUAGGAAAUGCCUUUCUGAUCCCAGGAGCUCAGCUCUACUGUGACUGUUACCAUCUGAGGCUUUUUCUCUUCCUUCA